CUACUUCAUAUUUACUUUUCGUGCCUCUACUACCUAUCUAAUAUCUAUUUUUGCAAUAAAAAUAAAGCAAUUUAAUACUUAUUUUUAUUAAAUAAAUUAGGAAUACAUCAUUUUAAACACAUUAUGUUUAGUCAAGCUUAUAAGUUUGGUUGUUGUAUUUAAAGUAUUUGUAAGUUUUUGUUUAGAUAUAACAUUGAUAGUUCUUCAUUGCUGUAUAAAUAAUCUGAUGUGGCCCAAUCAUGUUAAGUUACAAUAGUGCCUAGAUUGUCCAUUUACUGAAUUUACUACCUAAGUUUUAUUAUGCAAUUAUUGUGAUCAACGCUGCUUAACAUGGCAUAUCAAACACUUUUACAAGAAUAUAUGCUUGUGCCACCUGUAACAAGAGUUUACACUACUGCUUGUGUGAUUACUACUUUGGCUGUGCAAUUGGAUCUUGUGUCACCAUUCAACCUAUAUUUCAAUCCAAUAGUUAUUCUCAAGAAUUACCAAUUAUGGAGACUAAUUACAACAUUCCUAUUCUUUGGGAACUUAGGAUUCAACUUUUUUUUCAAUAUGAUUUUUACAUAUAGAUAUUGUAGGAUGUUGGAGGAGGGCUCAUUUAGAGGAAGGACUGCUGAUUUUGUUGUUAUGUUCAUUUUUGGUGGAGUUUUAAUGAUUCUAUGUGCAUUCUUUGUUAAUUUAUUAUUUUUAGGACAAGCUUUUACUAUCAUGAUCGUAUACAUAUGGUCAAGACGUAAUAUAUAUGUAAGGAUGAACUUUUUUGGGUUAAUGAAUUUCCAGGCACCAUACUUGCCCUGGGUAUUACUUGGUUUCUCAGUUUUAUUAGGAAAUGCAAUAUCUGUGGAUUUGGUUGGAAUGGCCAUCGGUCACAUUUAUUUCUUUAUAGAAGAUGUUCUUCCACGUCAAAGAGGCGGCCAAAAAAUAUUAAUAACACCUAUGUUUUUAAAGAAACUGUUUGAUCCAGCUCCUGAAGAGGCAGAUUAUGUGACAUUACCAGAUUUUGCUAAUGUUCGACCUGGAGGAUUUAACUGGCAAAAUGAGAACCGUGAAGUACCAGAAAAUGAUGAAGGAAAUAGAUAAAAAUGUUCAAAUUUUAAACAAUUAAUAAAUUAAUAUAUGAAGCCAAAUAUUUAUUUUAUGAAUUUCUCUAUUUUAUGUACACUUACAAAAUAUUAAAUUGUAUGUCUUCUA